AUCUCACAGACCAUUCUUUCUCACCAGCGUGUUCUCCGACAACCAACCAACACCACACACUCACUCACUCACCACUCAACACAUCCCCACACAGCUAUGGCCACCAUUCCCAGGAAGAUUAACACCGUUCAGAACUUGGAUGCGCCGUCCAGCUAUUUUGAGAAGCGAGAGACCAAACGCCAGCGUACCGGCGACGCUCCCGCCGCACGCGAAGACCCUCUCAAGGACGCGGCGACUCUCUAUGUUGGCAAUCUCUCCUUCUACACAACCGAAGAGCAAAUACACGAGCUCUUCAGCAAAUGCGGCGAGAUCAAGCGUCUGGUGAUGGGACUGGACCGCUUCAACAAGACUCCCUGCGGCUUCUGUUUUGUCGAGUACUACACGCACACGGAUGCGCUGGACGCGAUGAAAUACGUUGGCGGCACCAAGCUCGACGAACGUAUCAUCCGUACCGACCUUGAUCCUGGAUUCAAGGAAGGACGGCAGUACGGUCGUGGUCCGACCGGAGGCCAGGUUAGAGAUUACUACCGUGAGGACUAUGAUCCGGGCCGUGGAGGCUACGGCGGCCGAGAGCAGAGAAUUGCAGGGAAGAAUUAGGUUCUUGCUCGACUUGUUGGGAACUGAUGCGACGAGGAGCGUGUAUUUGUACUUACUUGAAUGCUGCUGCCAUUUGCGAGGACUUUUGUUCUGGCACUUCUGUUGGUGAUGAGCCUUUCUUCU